GCGAGAUGUAUGCAAAGCGAAAUGAAGCCCAGCUGCCCUUGGACAUCAUUCAGAUCCAUCAUGGACAGGAAGAGUUCGAGUCCACGUUGAAGCGGCGACGGUACAACCUGGUGCCACCGACGCAGAUCACAGGCUAUGAGAUGGUCUGCCACCUGGAAGGUACAUGGGCCUACCAGCGCUGGGACGGACAAUUUGUCAUUCGUGAGGCCCCGCCACAGCUGCUGUGCGCGGACGCAGUGUCCAGGCUGAUCUACGUCGAUGUGUCCACCAAGGAGUUUGGCCCGCUGAUAAGCCCGACGAGCUCCGCAUGGGAGCGUCCACCCUACGGCUUUCCAGCGCUCUUCUUUGUACCUUUGAGCUCCGGGGCCUCCCUUUGGUUACGUGUGCACAAGGCUGACGAGUUGCGCGUUUGCUACUUGGAGCCACGCGGCUCGAGCCGCGUUACACGACAUGGCCUGGCAGCCGUCCGCGCCUCGUCGCGAACCGCCGAGCCGGUGGUCGUCAGUUUCAUUGGCGUCUGCAUGCUGCACGCGUUUGCAGACGGAAACUGCUAUCUUCCCUUGGUCAAGGACCUCAUGACCGGCUACGCUGCCGCUGCAGAGCAGAAAGAGCCUCAGCUGGCGCCCCUGGAGGCGAGGCCUCACCAAGUAGAAGCAAUCGGAAGGAGUUGCCAUCGUAGUAGUAGCAGUAGUAGUUGUAGUAGUAACUACUUAGUAUUAGUCUUCGUCGUUGUCAUUUUGGCAGUCUUAGAGCAGUUGCGGAAGAAGUAA